AUGCCAACAGAGUCGCAACACGGAAAGGACAUCUACAAUGCAUCGAGGCAAUGCGAGCUUACUUUUAGACGACUUUUGCCUCUUCUCAAUGUACUCGAUGCAGAGGAGCGCCAAUGCCAGAUAAUCCGCGAUGCAAACCAUCGUUUCAGCCUCUGGGCUAGUUCCCUUGGUGCUCUUGCCGAGGAGCCCAACUCCUUGGAUACCCGUUUGAGAUUCUAUCCGGGCGUGGAAAACGCUAUACUGCGAUUGACAAGACUCUUGGGCGACAGUCUGAAUCACGUUUUGACAGCAUUCUUGCCCUAUGUAGCUUUAAGUCGGCCUCCACAAGGUACAAAAACUGCUACUGAUCAUGCUGCGAUACCGGAAACCCUGCCGGACAAGCCGGUAUAUCAAGCUGCCCUGGACACGAUUCAGGACACAAUUGCUAGACUACAACGCUUAGCAGUCGUAGUUCGAUCGUCGUCAAUAUCCAGUCUUGCGCUUGCAGCCAACAAACAGUAUGAUAUAAUCAACCCGGUCCCCCUUGCUGAGUUUGAGAGACUCGCUCUGCUCUUCGUCAAAGGCAGGUUUCAUGGCGUCGAAGAUGACCUGGCUAGGCAGCUGGCUCGGUCCAUUACAUUCCGAAGACUUAAUAUUAUACACAACCAGCGAAAUCGGAAUCGGCUGAGAGUAUCAUAUCACUCCAGCACUACUAGCCAAGCGGAUUUGGACUCGCCCUCUACCAGGUUUUCCGAGUCUCACCAAGCAGGUACCUCGCUUACUAGCACCCUGACGAAACCGGCAGACCAGCAUAUUUUCGAUCCUCCAUCCGCGACAUCAGAGGAGGAAGGCGAACAAGUGCGAAGUCAAAUAUUUAAAAACCUCGAGCCGUAUGUUUGCAUCUCAGAGUCUUGUACUGACCCCUUCGUGUCCUUCAAGUCGUUCACAGCUUGGCGCGAGCACAUGGAAAAUGUCCACACGCUUGAAUGGGCUCGACAAGUGCAUAAACCCACCGUAUGGUAUUGCGAUGAAGAUGCACACGAAUAUUGCGAGUUUAUUAACAAGGACGAUUUUCGACAGCAUCUAGACUCAGAACACCACGGCGAAUACACAGACAACAAGUAUACGCGCAAGUUGUCUCGAAAUACUAUGUCGGUGCCACGGGCACGGAAUAUAUGCCCACUCUGUAGCGCGGAUAUAUUGGAAAUCCUUGCACUGCGCGGUCCAGGGGUUGAUCGAGGACCGACAACGGAAGAAAAAGGCUGGCGCCGCGAGCGUGGCAGCAACACUUACUUUCGAGCCUUUGAUGAUAUCUCAAGCUCUGACGACGACGACCCAAAGUCCCCUACCUCCAGACAGGCUCACAACAAGACAGAUCUCACCAAUGGAGUUCUUUCGAGACAUGUUGCCAGCCACUUGAGGCUUCUUGCCACUCUUUCAAGCCGUUAUCUUGAUGAGGAUCUCGCGCCUGCAGAGUCCGAACAGGCGGUUUUCGGCUCCGUGGAUGAGGGAUGCGAGAAAAGUAAGCUGGCCAGAGACUUUCCAGAAGCGGAUGGCUCCCUAUUAUUUGAGGACAUUGCACGAGAUGAGAGGCCUGCUAUAGAUGAACCUGACCUCAGUAAUUCGGCAACCACAACUUCACAGAACCGGAGUCACACCAACAUACGGCUAGAUUUCACACCAGAUGUAGCACCAUCUCUGGCGAGUUUGAGCAAAUCCCGGGGCAUCAGGGAUGACCAAAGCCGCGGUUGGGCUGUCGUAGCUGCGAGGAGAGGAACCUUGAUGGUAUUAUCUCAUUUCCUAUCUCGGCUUCAGUAUUACUCAAAGGCAAAGGCGAAGGCAAAGGCUCCCGAAGUAAUUGGGAACCUGGAAUGGCCCAAUGCAAGUGAUCCGAGGUUGCCCCCGUUGGUUGAGACCGGAAGGGCGAGUUCACCACGCAACAUAAGUGCUGCCGAGUUUCUUCGUCUGUUCCGCCGGCCCUCCAUACGGGGCACUGAGUAUAAAAGCAUGUCCAUGUCGGAUCAAGACACUGGCCACCACGGCAGGGCCCACCGCGAACGCACCAUUUCCAUUUUCGGUUCAUCCCAAAAUACGCACACAACACUAAGGCCGCUGGUUGACGUUACUUCCCUCUCUCAACGGAGCCAUGAGAAAUCCACAGGGGACAGCGAUAAGUUGGCCGAGCUGGUGAAUCCGGAAGUAAAUGUAGGCGAUGAACAUAUAGGCCACAUCAUCCUCGCAGCCUUCGAGGACGUGUACAACGAUUUGCGUGGCACCGACAAGCUCCUAUCGCUGGAAAGCUUUUCCGCCUUCCUAAAGGAGGUACAGGGGGAGUCUGAUGUGAAGCUUGACAGACAGGUAUAUACCAGAAGCGAAUUUCUGGAAGUUUUAUUCAAACAGUAUGACAUGAAUGCUAUUUCGCCAACUAUCGAGAAGGAUCUCUCCAAACCGAUCACGCAUUACUUUAUAAAGAGCUGCCACAAUUUUCUGGGUGCUCAUCGGGGACGCAAUUUGAACCUGCAGGAUGUAAUUAAAAAUAUAGCCUCCGAAGACUACCGCUGCAUCGAAUUGGAAGUACGAAACAAUGAUAAAGUCUUCGGAGACAGAAAGCCAGAUACAAGACAUCCUAAAUAUAGUGACCACCACUCAGGACGGUCUCCGCAAAUCCCCAGCCCGCAGGAAGAAAAUUCCCCAAGGUCCAGCAUUUCGUCAGGCUCUGGUAGUGGACGGGUACUUCUGGAUGAGCCAAUGGUGACUUAUCACCGGAUGCUUGCACAUCACCGGAGGCUUGCACAUCCGUGUAGCUUUACGGCGGCGUGCGAAGCGAUCAGAGAAUCCGCCUUCAUUAAAAAUGAUAUGCCCAUCAUUGUUAUUCUCACAGUCUUCGCUGACCUGGAUCAAGAAGAAAUUAUGGUCAAGAUUAUGCAUGAAGUGUGGCAGGGACAGUUGUUGAGCGAGCCCUGUGAUGGUUUUGAUCCGCGAUUCAGACUCCCGACGCUCGCAUCGCUCCAGAAUAAGAUCCUUGUGAUGGUCAAGAGAGAACGCGACGGCAAUGAGCGUUCUUAUCCUGUUGUAUACGAAGAUCCAUCGCCGUGGGAUGAAGGUAGUGCACUACUUAGACUUCUGAGUUCUGGUAUUGGUGAAGAUGAGCAAGAAUCUCCUAAGGCGCGUCGCAUCGUUCCAUCCCGGUCCCCACGCCGCGACAAAUCGCCAUCUGUGAAUGCCUCGGCAUCAGAGGACAGUACCAACACCCGGGACAGAAAUAGCCUGAACGAACUAGCCGUCUACACCCGCAACGAGCACUUUGAGGAGCGUUUUGGCGGGUUUCAAGCACGAACUGCCAAGAACCCUACGCACGUGUUUUCUAUGGGGGAAUCACAGAUAAAACGUCUGCACUACGAGCAUAGCCGCAAACUUCUAAUGCACAACAGAAAUUUUUUUAUGAGGUCCCUUCCCAGCAGGAUGAGUUUGGGCUAUACUAAUCCGGAUCCAGUUCCCCUCUGGAGAAUGGGCGUCCAGAUGGUUACAUUCCACUGGACAAACCAACGUCAAACAAUAGGCGACCCCACGAUGCUCAAUGAGAGCAUGUUUGCCGACGAGCAGGGUUGGGUCUUGAAGCCGCCAGAGUACUGGGGGUCCGCCAAACAGAUCGACGUGGACGAAGCAGGUGCAACAAGAUACGCCAUGGACCUCGAUAUUAUCAUUCUUGCAGGCCAAAACCUACCACAGGAAACUCGCAGGAGCGAAAGUAUCAUGUCAUUCAUCACAGUCAAGCUUCACGCUGAAAACCCCGACAGGGCGCAUGUGAACUGGCUUCAACAGUUGCGGGUAGAUGUGAAUAGCAAAGGGCCCCAAUUCGGAGCUCAUGGCGAGAUGGUUCAAUUUCACAGGAUACCACAGGAGGGGACGGCGCUUAGUUUUGUCAGCUUCAAAAUAUCAACUUAUCGGGGCGACUCUCCCACUCAACUACGAUCGUGGGCUUGCAUUCGUCUUGAUCGGCUUCGAGUUGGCUAUCGUUUGAUACGCCUCACUAAUGCUGAGGGUGGUCAGGUUACGGGAGGCGAACUCCUGGUCAGGAUUUCCAAGACGAUGCGCCAAGUUGCAAUUGUUGACGAGGUUGGAGAUUCGAGUAGCGGAUAA